CGCUUAGAUGCAUUGCGUUGAUUUCUAUCAUUGGCGGAAAAACUUGGCAACUUCACGUUUCAAAACUUAAAGCACAGAGUGAGACAAAACGUACAAGUGGUGAGAAGAAAGCGCGCUUACUCUCCGCGGAGGCGAAUCCCUCGGCAGAACCCAAAUCUCUACAUCCCUGCUGUACUCCUGUACAUCCUGCUGAUCUACACGAGUUACACGUACAUAUCCACGAAGGAAAUCAGUGCAAGAAUGGUGGCGUUAUGACAAUGGGUGAGCAUGAUGUGUUCAAAUGUUUAUGCCCUCCAAAGUUUGGGGGUCCGCUUUGCGAAGACACCUUAUUUUGUUACUAUAAUCCUUGCAAGAAUGGCGGAACUUGUAAAGAGGUUGAUCACGGUUUUAAAUGCAAUUGCGCUGAAGGAUUUACGGGAAAAACUUGCCAAGACAAAAAUUUCUGCAAACCCAAUCCUUGCUCCCAUCAUGCCACUUGCGUCGAGACACUAAAUGGCUUCAAAUGCAUCUGCGAAGAAGGAUACAAAGGCGAGAGAUGUAAAGGUAAUAUUAGCUAAUAUUGUUUUUGCAACAGUAUGGAAGAAAAAGACAUCAAAAGUCACAUUGUUGUAACACUUUUGUUGUUGUUGAGGAAUAAAUACUAUGUCGACAAAACAAAUUCAAGGGGCGGCCAAUACUUUUCUUAAGAGCUGAAAGGCUCGUCUAUUUACAAAAACAAAGAGACAAGAACAAAAAAAACAGUAUCAACAAACAAAAACAUGCCGUUAGUGAAAAUUAUGGGAAAAACUGGAAAAGGUCGCAGAAUACAUAGCCAUGUACGUGCAAUCUAACCCUAUACUUAUAUCUUAUCCACUACCCAUUCGAUCACUUUGUCUCCGGUUUUUUAUGAAAGCAGUAUGUAAUGUAACUUAAACUAAACAAGGUAUCAACC